AUGCCCGCUUCACACAAAUGUCUGUCAGCCCCUGGUAGCUGUGUUUUUGUUUGUGUCGUGUUUUUUGUUAUUGAAAAAUAAAAAUUGCAAUUAAAAGUGUAUGCAGCACGUGAAAUGGAACUACCGAAAGAGCUUUCCAUUGCGGAGAUACGCAACUACAUGCUGGUGAACGAGUGCAAGGUGACAAACCACGCGUUGGUGAAGCAUUUCAAGAAGUUUCUCACGCAUCCACAAAGCCAAAACGAGGCGCGCAGGCGAUUCAAGACAUAUGUGACGCUGCUGUCGACCAUCAAAAACGAAAACAACCAAAAGUUUCUAAUUCUGCGCAAGAAGUACCUAAAUGAGUGCCCUACCGAUGAGGUGGUGGAGCGUGCCGUGGCCGCCGCCAACAACGGCCCGGAACCCUCCAGUCCCGGCGGUGGCUCCAUCACAUUCGAGGGUGGCAGCCUCGCCUCCCCGAUGCGGCAGCCACCGCCAUACAAGCCACCGCCCAUGGUAACGUCGCCUUCUGCUGGCGUCGCCGUGCACAAGGUUCAGCAGGACAACUAUCGGGAGUGCGUGGACGAGUUCACAGCGGCCAUACAACGUAUUGAUCCAGCCCGUCUGGAGCGGCAGCCUGCCACCAAAACAGAGGAAGAUGCUGCCACCAGCCAGGAGCAGCCCCCAUCCGUCAGUGGAUCCGUGUCGCGAUCCAAUUCCGUGGAUGAGACCGGCAACAAGGAGAACAUCCCCAGAUUCUCAUUCUCGUCGGGCGCCUCCACAGACAGCUCGGCCGCUGAGAAAGUAUCCAGCAAUGAGGCGGACACCGCAGAGAAUCCCAUGAGCGUGAAGGAGGCUACGCGCAAGUUCAACCGGAUGGCAUCCGAGGAAGAGGCCAAGAUCAUUUCGCCGCCAGCCAAGAAAAAGCCAGAGAAGCAAUUAAUUGAGGAGAAGGAUUCGCCCGAAGUCACAAUGGCGCAUCCCAAGGCAAAGGAGUGGAUUGUCUCGAUGGCGAAGGCUAAUUACCAAGAGCUGGCCAAGCUGGCCAGCGAGUACCCCGAGCUGGUGAAGCUGCAGGAUCCAGCAACGGUAAGUUUGGAAUCUUAUUGAUCUGAUUAUGAUUAUUUAUCUACAAGUAAUAGCUUUCUUUCCGAAGAAGGAGCUCUCGUUGAAAUUAGUAGGGUUCCUCUCUGAAAUGGAGCACCAAAACAUUGGAACACAUCCAUAU